GCCAGCUAGUUGAGGCAACUGAUCCUGGCCAGCUAAGAAAGGGGAAAGCAAAGGAAAGUGCUGCUGCAUAUACGCCAUGGCUUCGUACACCCUCCCUCUUCCCUGGCUUACCUGCCUCUGCGUCGUGGUUGUCGUCUUGUUGCUGUCGCCGGCGGCGCUCCUUGCCGCCGCUGCCGACGACCCGACGGCGGGAUUCAAGGUUGUGAGCCUGAGCGAGAGCAACUUCGUGCUACAGCAGCCGUACGACGUGCCGAGAGACGCGCGGUACAGGUUCGUCGGCGGCGUGCGGCAGCUGUGGGUGCUGUCCUCCGACAAGCCCCACACCCCUCAGAGCAACACCAAACCAAGAACCGAGAUCAGGAUGAAGGGUUACAACUACUCUUCCGGAGUCUGGCAGUUCGAGGGCUACGGCUACGUUCCCUCCGGCACGACGGGGGUGUCCAUCAUGCAGGUGUUCGGCGGCGGCGAGUCCGCCACCACGCUGAUGCUCCACGUCUACGACGGCGAGCUCCGGUACUACAGCCAGCAGGUGGUCGAGAACAACAUCUACAACCGGUGGUUCCGCCUCAACGUGGUCCACGACGUGGACGCGUCGAGCCUCUCCGUCUUCAUCGACGGCGUGAAGAAGCUGCAGGUACCCGGCCGCGGCGGCGACUCGCACUACUUCAAGUUCGGCGUCUACAUGCAGCACGACGCGUCCAGCUUCAUGGAAUCGCGCUGGAAGAACAUCCGGAUCCUCAAGAAAUGAAGACUGAUCUCGAUUGAUGAUACCUUCUCUCCGUGCCAUCAUUGAUGGCAUGCAGCUUAUAUUGAUUGGGGUGAUUGUUUGCAUGUUCGGUUUAUGCAUUCCAGUAUACUAUCCAUCUAUAUACCGUAUCAUUGUAUGAUUUUGUGUAUCUUAUUGUUCGUAUCAUUACGUGUAAGAAUACGAUGCAUAUGUUAUGUUAUUUGUGUAAUGUAAUAAAUUGUUAAGGCAGUAAAUAUAUAGUC